AAAAAAAACAUGAAAAUCUUCUCAGCCAUUUCGGCUCUCAUUAUCUUCUUCUUUCUCUUCUCAAUUUCCAAGCGCCUACUCCAGAAGCGCAAGAACCUUCCACCAUCACCACCUUCCCUCCCCAUCCUCGGCCAUCUCCAUCUCCUCAAAAACCCUAUCCACCGCUCUCUCUCCACUCUCUCCAACCGCUAUGGCCCCAUCCUUUCACUCCGUUUCGGCUCCCGCCCUGUCCUCCUCAUCUCCUCCUCGUCUUCGGCCGAGGACUGCUUCUCCAAGAACGACAUCAUCUUUGCCAACCGCCCCCGUCUCCUCGCUGGCAAGCACUUUGGCUACCAUUAUUCUGGCCUCUCAUGGGCCUCCUAUGGACCCCACUGGCGCAACCUCCGCCGCAUCGCCACCGUCGAGAUUCUCGCAUCGAACCGCAUCCAGAUGUUCUCCGCUGUCCGAAUCCAUGAGGUCCGUUCACUGGUAAAAGACCUCUUCCGGGAUUCGGAAUCAGGAAAAUCAGUGGUGGAAUUGAAGUUGAGGUUCGCCGAGCUCACCUUCAAUGUGAUGAUGGGGAUGAUAGCUGGGAAACGGUAUUACGGAAAGAAUGUAGUCGAUUUGGAAGAGGCAAGGCGGUUCCAUGAGAUCACAAGUGAGGCGACGAAGUUGAUCGGAGCACCGAAUUUCAGUGAUUUCGUGCCAGUUUUGGGUUGGAUGGAUUUUGGACGUGUGGAGAAGAGGAUGAUGAGAUUGGUGAGGCGGAGGGAUGAGUUCUUGCAGGCUAUGAUCGACGAUCAUCGAAGGAGAAAGAAGGUCUAUUUCUCUUCCUCAAUGGAGGUAGAAGUUCAGAUCGAGAACAAUAAUAAGACGUUCAUAGAUGUGCUGCUCUCGUUGCAAGAAACAGAGCCUGACUACUACACUGAUCAGAUCAUCAAAGGGAUGAUAUCGGAACUACUAUCCGCUGGAACGGACACAUCAGCUCUGACCACGGAAUGGGCUAUGUCGCUUCUACUGAACCAUCCAGAUGUGCUGGAGAAAGCUAAAGCUGAGCUUGACAAGCAUGUAGGACCUCAUUUGUUAGACGAAUCGGAUCUCGCCAAGCUUCCGUACCUCCAUUGCAUAAUCAACGAGACUCUCCGAUUGUAUCCGGUGGCCCCACUUCUAUUGCCUCAUGAGUCAUCUGAAGAGUCCAUCGUCGGAGGUUUUGACGUGCCACAAGGCACGAUGCUAUUGGUCAAUGUGUGGGCUAUUCAUAGAGAUCCCAAGCUAUGGGUGGACCCCGCCGAUUUCAAGCCGGAGCGGUUUCAAGGCCCAGAAGGGGCAAAGGAAGGUUUCAGGUUUAUUCCAUUUGGGCAUGGAAGGCGAGCAUGUCCGGGUGUGAGCCUGGCUACGCGGAUGGUGGGCCUGGUAUUGGGAACUUUGAUCCAGUGCUUUGAGUGGGAACGAGUCAGAGAAGAGAAGGUGGACAUGACUGAAGGGUUUGGGCUCACCUUGCCUAAGGCCCAGCCUUUGAACGCUGUGUACAAACCACGCCUCACCAUGUUCAACGUACUUUCUCAGCUCUGAAUACCAUCCAUGGCUUUGAAUCUGUUUAAUUUAGCAAACGUCAUAUCAUGCUUUGGAUAGUAUAGCCUGGUUAUGGUCAUUUUAUUAAGAAUAAUAAUGUUGUAAUGACAAUUUAUAUCUCGCAUUUGGAACCAAGGAUACCAAUCGGCACAAGCCCAUGUGAGAUCACGCCACACACCCACCACUCUGAUGUUGUACACGCUUUUGUGAGAUGUAAUCCAUUUGCUAAGUGAGGCUCCAUCCAGAGUUGAGUUCAA